CAGAGAAAGGUGCUCCUGCCAGUACCAGGCCUCUGAGCCCUGGAGGUCACCAGGCAAGGUGCUUCCCAUACAAUUCAGAAGCAGGCUGGCAAGCUGAGUUCUCCAGUCUGCUGGCCUUCUUGUGGGAACUACACCAUUAGCUCUCCUGGGUCUCCAGCUUGCCGACUCACCCUGCAGAUCUUGGGACUUGUCAGCCUCCAUAAUCAUAAUGUUCCAGUGGAAAACUUCUUUGUGAAAUGCAGUGGAGCACUCAUUAACACCAGUGACACAGUGCAGCAUGGAGCUGUUUAUAGUUUGGAACCCAGACUUUGCGGUGGAAAAGGAGGUUUUGGAUCUAUGCUCCGAGCACUUGGUGCUCAGAUUGAGAAGACAACCAAUCGAGAAGCUUGUCGGGAUCUCAGUGGAAGGAGACUACGCGAUGUCAAUCAUGAAAAAGCAAUGGCUGAAUGGGUAAAACAACAAGCCGAGCGAGAGGCUGAAAAGGAGCAGAAGCGGCUGGAGCGACUGCAGCGGAAGCUUGUAGAACCCAAGCACUGCUUCACCAGCCCCGACUACCAGCAGCAGUGCCAUGAGAUGGCUGAGCGUCUGGAGGAUUCCGUCCUCAAAGGUAUGCAGGCUGCCUCCAGCAAGAUGGUUUCAGCAGAAAUCAGUGAGAAUCGGAAACGGCAAUGGCCUGCUAAAUCUCAAACAGACAGAGGAGCCAGUGCGGGAAAGAGGAGAUGCUUCUGGUUGGGCAUGGAGGGACUAGAGACUGCAGAAGGGUCCAGCUCUGAGAGUUCAGAUGAUGACAGUGAAGAAGCACCAAGCACUUCAGGAAUGGGUUUCCAUGCUCCAAAAAUUGGUAGCAAUGGUGUCGAGAUGGCAGCCAAAUUUCCCAGUGGUUCUCAGAGGGCGAGAGUAGUGAAUACAGACCAUGGAUCACCAGAACAACUGCAGAUCCCGGUGACUGACUCUGGGAGGCAUAUUUUAGAAGACUCAUGUGCUGAGCUGGGGGAGUCCAAAGAGCACAUGGAAAGCAGGAUGGUUACAGAAACAGAAGAGACCCAGGAGAAGAAGGCAGAGAGUAAAGAACCCAUAGAAGAGGAACCCACUGGGGCUGGACUGAAUAAGGAUAAAGAGACAGAAGAAAGGACUGAUGGGGAAAGAGUUGCUGAGGUAGCACCUGAAGAAAGGGAAAACGUUGCCGUUGCCAAACUGCAGGAAAGCCAGCCAGGAAACACAGUUAUUGAUAAGGAAACUAUAGAUUUAUUGACGUUCACCUCUGUUGCAGAACUGGAGUUGCUGGGUUUGGAGAAGCUCAAAUGUGAACUGAUGGCCCUUGGACUGAAAUGUGGGGGCACUCUGCAGGAGCGGGCAGCAAGACUCUUCUCUGUCAGAGGACUGGCAAAGGAGCAAAUUGACCCAGCUUUAUUUGCCAAGCCUUUGAAAGGGAAGAAAAAAUGAGUAUCAUCAGAGCUGAUUCCUAUUUGUUUAUAGUGUCUACCAUUUACAACCUGCAUAAUGUGGACUCUUGACCAGUAUUCCUGUUGAUAUUAAAAGCUAACUUUUUAGUAACCCAAUUCUAACUGUCCCCUUUUUCCUUGUCAGGGCUGUAGAAUUAAUGUCUGAAACCAUCUUGGCCUUAAAUUUUCUUUGUCUGGUUUUCUAUAAUGUAUUUAAUAAAUAUAGGGCUAUUCACAUUUUUUGGUUUGAUCUUGGUGUCAUUACCUAAAUGAGGUAAUGAAUCUAUCCAAGGAAUCUAUCCUUUUGACCCAGGUUAUCAAAUUUGUAGACAUAAGGUUAUUUAUAAUGGUCCCUUCUUACCCUUUUAAUGUCUUUAGGAGCUGUGUUGAUAAUUUCCUUUUCAUUAUGAUACUGGUAAUUUCUGUUCUCACUUUCCUAAUCAGGUUGGUAGGGGUUUAUCAGUUUUACUGAUCUGACAUUUUAUUUUAUUUUUUUUUUUGAGACAGUCUUACACUGUCUCCCAGGCUGGAGUGCAGUGGCGCGAUCUCGGCUUACUGCAAGCUCUGCCUUCCGGGUUCAUGCCAUUCUCCUGCCUCAGCCUCCCCAGUAGCUGGGACUACAGGCGUCCACCACCACGCCCGGCUAAUUUUUUAUAUUUUUAGUGGAGACUGGGUUUCACUGUGUUAGCCAGGAGGGUCUCGAUCUCUUUACCUCGUGGUCCACCCGCCUCAGCCUCCCAAAGUGCUGGAAUUACAGGCGUGAGCCACCGUGCCUGGCCGACGGUUUAACUUUUAAAGAACUAACCUUUGGUUUUAUUUUUCUCAAUUGUUUAUAUAAUUAAUUGCUGUUAUUUUCUUUCUUCUAUUUAGCUUGAGUCUCCUUUGAUCUUUUUUCUUUAGUUCCUUAAGAUAAGCCUUAGGUCAUUGAUCUUAGACGUUAUUUAAAAUACAUAUUUAAAGCUAUACAUUUUCUUUUAAGCAUUACUUCAGUUGCGACUUUACAAUUUUAUUAUGUCGUAUUUUUAUUAUUCAGUUCUAAUUUUCUUUUUUUUUUCUUUUUGAGAUGGAAUUUCGCUUUUGUCGCCCAGGCUGGAGUGCAAUGGUACGAUCUCAGCUCACUGCAACCUCUGCCUCCUGGGUUCAAGCGAUUCUCCUGCCUCAGCCUCCUCAGUAGCUGGGAUUACAGGCUCCAGCCACCAUACCUGGCUAAUUUUUGUAUUUUUAGUAGAGAUGGGGUUUCACUACAUUGGCCAGGCUGGUCUCGAACUCCUGACCUCAGGUGAUCCACCCACUUUGGCCCCCCAAAGUGCUGGGAUUACAGGUGUGAGCCACCAUGCCCAGCCUCUGAUUAUUUUCUGAUUUCCUCCUCAAUUCUUCUUUUACCCAUGGAUUAUCAGAAGUGGGUUGUCUGAUUAGCAAACAUUUGUUUUUUUUUCCUCUUAAUAUCUUCUUGUUGCUGGUUUCUACUUUAAUUCCAUUGAGGUCAGAAAAUAUCCUCUUUAUGAUUUCAAUCCUCUUAGUUUUAUUGAGACUCGUUUUAUGACCCAAUAUAUUGUCUGUCAUGGUGAAUGUACCACACACAGUUUAAAAGAAUGCGUAUUUUAGGCCAGGUGUGGUGGCUCAUGCCUGUAAUCCAGCACUUUGAGAGGCUGAGGUGGGAGGAUCAUUUCGAGACCAGCCUGGGCAAUGUAUAGCGAGACCAUGUCUCUAAGAAACACAGUAUGUAAUUUGAAUUGUUGGGUUAAUAUGUUUUGUAGUAUCGAUGAGAUUAAGUGGUUGAUAGUAUUGUUCAGAUCUUCUAUGUCUUUACUGAUCUUUUUGUUUAUUUCUAUCAGGUGCUGAGAAAGGAUGUUAAAAUCUUCAAUUACGAUUGUGGAAUUGUCUAUUUCUUAAAUUCUACCAGUUUUUGUAUGAAGCUCUAAUAACUUAUGUCUUCCUAAUGUAUUGACCAUUUUAUCAUUAUGAAAUUUCCCUCUGUCUCUGGUAAUUUGGGUUUGAAAUCUACUUUAUCUUAUGUGAAUAUAGCCACUGCAGCCUUCUUAAGCUUAGUGUUUGCACAGUAUACCUCUUUCUAUUAAUUUACUUUGUGCUUCUGUGCCUAUUUAAAGUAGUUUCUUUAAACAACAUAUACUUGAGUCUUGCAUUUUUAUCUGUUCUCUCUGUAUCUUUUAAUAAGUUUAACAUUAAAUGUAAUUAUUAAUAGGUUUCUAAUUUACAUGUUUCCUGUUUAGAUAAGAUUAUUUUAUAAUUGUAUUUUAAUUUAUUGGCUCUUUAGCUAUACUGUUUUAAUAAUUUUUUUAAGUUGGAUGUUCUAGUGAUUACAAUAUACAUUCUUAAUUUUUCAGUCUACCUAGAGUUGAUGUGCCACUUCACGUAAAAUGUAGAAAUCUUGUAAGUAUGUACAUCCAUUUAUCAUACCUGUCUUUUAUGCUGUAGUUGUCAUACAUAUUAAAUCUACAUAUUUAAAUAUUGUAAGUCCUGUCAUAAGUUACAAUUUCUGCUUUAAAUAAUGAUAUGUAUUUUAAAGAAAUUAAGAGGAAAAAAUAAAAUCUUUUGUAUUUAUUCACAUA